GGACUACAUUCAACCAAACUCUCAAUCGAAACGGCAAAAAAUGGAAAAUGAAGAUGGAGAAACGCCGCCGCGUACGGCGGAUACCAACAACGGCGCCAGGCUCUCGAUCAUGGAGCUGGCGAACAUGAUCAGCGUCCCUAUGUCCCUCAAUGCGGUGGUUCGCCUCAACGUCGCCGACGCCAUAUGGCAAAACGGCUCAAACACGCCUCUCUCCGCCUCGGAGAUUCUCUUCCGUAUCUUCUCUUCCGGCGUCGGAGAUCCUGAAAACCUCCAGCGGAUUCUCCGCAUGCUCACGAGUUACGGUGUUUUUAACGAACACGUCAGCUCCGGCGAGGAAUUGAAAAGAAGAUACUCGUUAACAGACAUCGGGAAGACGCUAGUGACGGACGAAAAGGGUUUGUCGUACGGACCGUACGUUCUACAGCACCACCAGGCGGAGCUGAUGAAGGCGUGGGCGGUGGUUCAUGAGGCGGUAGUUGAUUCAUCGACGGAGCCUUUCGUGAAAGCUAACGGCGGCGAGACGGCGUACGGAAUCUACGGGAAGAAACCGGAAAUGAACGAUCUGAUGCUGAAGGCAAUGUCAGGGGUAUCGGUGCCGUUUAUGAAGGCGGUUCUGGAAGGAUACGAUGGUUUUGAAGGUGUUGAACGAUUGGUGGAUGUGGGUGGUAGUGCAGGGGAUUGCCUGAGGAUGAUUCUACAGAAACAUACCCAUAUUAUGGAAGGUGUCAACUUUGAUUUGCCAGAAGUGGUUGCAAAAGCUCCUAAAAUUGAUGGUGUGACACAUGUUGGUGGUGAUAUGUUCAACUCCAUUCCCCAUGGUGAUGCAAUUUUUAUGAAGUGGGUUUUAACGACAUGGACAGAUGAUGAGGUGAAGGCUAUCAUGAUCAACUGUUUUAAAUCGAUACCAGUUGGGGGUAAGUUGAUUGCUUGUGAGCCAGUGUUGCCUGAUCACACUGAUGAUAGUCACCGCACCCGAGCCUUGCUCGAAGGUGAUAUCUUUGUCAUGACAAUUUAUCGUGCCAAAGGCAAACACCGAACAGAAGAUGAGUAUCGUCAACUUGGCAAGUCAGUCGGUUUCUUAAGUUUCCAAGCGAUUUAUAUUGAUCAUUUCUACACUCUCCUCGAGUUUAAAAAAUGAUGAGCCUUGAUUAUAAUUUAGUAUCGAACUUCUUGUACCCCUUUAUUCCAAUAAUUUAGUAUCGAACUAAGCAAA